AUUAAAAUAAGAAAUACAUACAAAAAAUAUUUAAAAUAAAAAAAUAACCAAAAAAGUGUAAAAAUCCAGUUUUUCCAUGGACUCUGACAAAUUUUCGAUCGGCCCCUUGGCCGCAGUUUUCCCCGAUUCUAAUGCUCAUUAUGAAGAUAUUGAUUAUAAUGCCACUGAUGAAAUUAUCGAAAGGAAAUCUUUACCAAGGCUCAAUGACGAGCAUGAGGAAGCUACGUACGAAAACGAUAUUUCGGAGUCGAAAACUCCAUUAAUUACAAGAAGUCAUGAUAUAGCGUUUUCGGAUUACGAAGAUCGUGAUUUUGACGAUGCACCGCUAAAUAGACCAUUUCGGCUAUUAAACCAAAACUAUUCCGAGGAAACAGAUUCGGAAUUCAUGGAUAGCAGCGAUCUUGAUAUAGAAAAACUACUGGCCUAUGAGGACAUCGAUAAGGAUUAUAAGCAGUUCGAAGAAGUCGAGACAAUUAUUGGAGAACAAAUCGACGAAAAGAUGAAUUUAAUAUCGACAUUCCAACUACCAUCAUUAUCGGAUAUAUCUGAAGAACAUGAACCGAUAGUCCCUAUACCGAUAACUAUAUCCGAAACAGAUGGACGUUUCGUAAGUGCCCUUGACCACCCUGGCAGUGGUGAGGAUAAGUCGACCUCUGAUUAUAACACUCUGACACCGGAGAUCACUAAAAGUGCUUCAGUCGGGCUUAAUGACAAUAUCUCUGACAGUAUCUCUGACAAUAGCUCUCUCCUGCUGUUGAGCACUGGUGAACUAGACUGGCCAGAAUUAAUCCCACUAGGAGAAAAAAGAGUCGAGGAAGAAGUUGGCUUUGUUACAUUCAAAAGCUUAGUCGCCGCUAUACCUGAUGAGGAACAUGAGACUAAGUCACCGCCUAUCAGGAGUAUCCUGCAAAUUAUGACAAUAGAUUUUCUCAACGAAUUAAUUAGUAAGACGGUCGACCACGUGGUAGCCAAAGAGACAAUAAGUUCUCAUUAUCAAGCAUUAGAUAACGAAAAACUGAUUAAUGCUCUAAUUCAAGCAUAUCACAACUUCAUUGCAGAGCAAGAGCACAAUCAUUUUUUAAAUAGCAAAAUGUAUGAAUAUUUCAAACGCGGCCAUAACAGAAGAGUAUUAUUAGUUCUCGAACCGCACAUUAAUUUAAGGGAAUAUCAGAGAUAUGUUAGAGCCCUUCGCGUUUUAGACUACUGGAUCAAUGUCGCAGCGCAGACUAAAAAACGCUGUGCCUUUCUCUUGUCCAGUGUAACUAUGGAUCUCUCUUAUGUAAUGAACAUUGUCAUGUGCAGCGAAGAGCAUUUCGAGAAGGUUGUCUUACGUACUCUUACUGCCAAUAGAACGGAUUCCUUCAGGUGUUUCGUCGAACGUGAACUGCGACACAUUAACCAAAAACGUUGUGAGAUAAGUGAUGCGCGCCUCUUCCUUAUCACCAGGAAGCACACACUGGCACGCAUUGCUGACAAAAUUCAAAAAUUGGAAAAAAUCAACCACAACAUCAGCAUGGACAGCUUCAUCAGCAUGCAAAAUAAAGUAGUAGCAUUGGUGAAAAAAAUCGAAGAACGUAACGCCGAGCUAAGAAAGAUGCGAUUUAACUAUCAUUCGGAAUUGCAUGAGAUUCAGCACAAUCGUGAGAAGGCCAUGACACUGAAAGCCAAAUUGGAUAAUUGUAACAUAAUUCUCACUGAAAAGCUGAUAUAUCGGGACGCAGUUCGGCAAAAUAUCAGAAAAUUGAAGUUGAAGCAUAAUUGGCUGCGUAAAGAGUACUCAAAUAUCAGCUAUAAGGGCGGGCUAAUGGACAUGCCAGCUUUAAUGUUCGACUAUGAUGAAACUGUGGAGAAGGUAUUACAAAAGCAAGCUAUCGUCUCUGAGCUGAAAGAAACCAUUAGGAGGACGACACAGCGAAUUACAGACUUGGACUCGCGAUACAUUUAAGAUUAACAACAAAUUGAUACCCAAAAAGAAAACCAAGCAUAUAUGCUUAUAAACACGAACAAAUAUAAAUGUGUAUAUAUAU